AUGACGAUAGACGAUUAUCGCCAACGGUUAAAAACAUUUCAAGGUGUAAUUUAUAAUUAACACAUUAUUAUCAUUAGCAAGCGCAUUUUACCUUUUAAAGUUAUGCCUUUUUCACUAGUAGACCUGCGACCAGAUAGGCACCUCUUAAAUCACGAGUUUGAAGGUUACAAACUAAAUUUACAAACUCUUUCGCAUUUCGGUCUCGAUCUUCCUUCUCCAGUCGACAAACUUUAUCCAGACGAAGUUCAAUACUCAUUUGUACACGCAAAGCUCUUUGCUCUUCAUAAUCACCUAAUCUUUGAUUUUUGGGAUCAUCAAUACAACUAUUAUUAUAACGACAAUCUACAGCAAGUACGUAAUGUAACUUUUGACAAUAUAAACAAUACAUUCCAAAGUGCCGUUGUUUAUGAUGUGCCAGCUCACGUCGAAAGGAAGUCUGGUCAUUUUAACCUAAGCCUAACAUUUCCCUCUAACAAUUUAGCAGUUGUCAGUGAUGGUACCGGUUACAUACACAUUGUUGAAACAGGAACGCGGAAUAGGCCAGCAAGUGAUAAACAAACGUGGCAAACAUUAUACUCUACUUUAGCUCUAGGAGAAGAUAAAUAUUUCACAAUUGUAGACACACGGAUGGAAGAAAAUGACAAUGUAGAAUUGUUACACUGUCUCUUACAAUCUGUAGAGCAGAGUGAAAAACACUUUGACUCUGUCUUAAGUUGGAUAACUUUUGAAAAUUAUGACAAGACAUGGAAACAGUCCACUCUGCGGGAAGUCAGAGGAAAAGGUAUUAUCCACUAUGCAGCUCUUGAAACUAGCUGUACAGCUCUUUAUGUGGCCUCAGAUAACUUAUUCAAAUUCACUGUUGAUUCAGAAAAAGAUAUUAUUAAACACAAAGAGGAGCCUCGACAAAUCAUCUACACAUGGCUUCAGACCUCUGAUGACAUAACCAUAACAUUGAAAUUACAGAAUAACUUUGAUAAAAAACUUAUCUUUGUAAAUGUUACUCCUCUAUCGGUAAAAAUAAGUUAUGCGGGUAAAGUUUUCGUAGAAGGGAAACUGAGUCAUAAUGUUGAUUGUGAACUGACAACAUGGAAUGUUGAAGAGAAUGGCCAAGUAGAUAUACUAAUAACAAAAUCAGAAAGUCAACUUUGGAAUGAGUUGCUUGCAGGAGGAGACAAAAAUGGUGAACAAAUUCUUGAUGCAAGUUUAGUAGAAGAGGUACACAAGAGACUAGCUCAUUUGUGUUCUGAAACUGAAGUUGUAGCAGAUCAGAGUGUUCCUGGUAUCAAUACUCAGGAGUUAGAAGAAUGUGAUGCAGCAUCUGAAGAGGAUACAGUUUUAACUCGUAUGGAUAUAACAAGCCAUGAGAUAACACACAAGAUCCCACUGAGUGUUCAUCAAUAUUUAUUCAAUACCAAGCUUGAAACACACGAAGCUCCGGCACUAGCUUUAAGACAUGAUGUUGAUGCUUGCAUAUGGCAACCAUAUGCCCAAUUAGUCAACUCUAACGCCUGGCCAGUAAAACAUCACGGAACUCUCACGGCAUUUGGUUAUGUGCAAUCAUCAAAACAGAACAGAAAGUUUGUUACAUGUUCUCCAAGCUUUUCUUACAGUGUGGUAUGUGAAGCCACUCGGCAUAUAUUUAUCUACAAGAGCUCCGGUGACCAAGACUGUCAGUUGAGGAAAAAAACUGGAGGAGUUAUGAAAAAUAUUAAAGUUGGGCAACAACAUGUUGUUAAUAUUGAUAAAUAUGGUGAAGUUUUGGGUAUCCAUGCAACUAAUGAUUAUUUAUUCAUUUUAACUGAAAACAAAUUUGUGGUAAUAGAAAUUUAAAAUAAAGUAAUUUUAUUUUAA